CGCGCCCAGCCUUUUGGCGACGGUCCUUGGUCCCGGCCGCGGCGGGGGUCGCAGGUUGUCCGGGGUAGGUUCUCCUCGGCGCUCCCCCAUGGAGGAGGCGGCGCUCACGGCUGCAGCCCUGGAUGCUCUCACCUUCUUCUGUACGGCGACGAAGGCGCUGGCCGCGCGAGCUCAAGAGGCGGCGGCCCGUGCGGCCUGUGUGGGCGUGUAAGCGGAGGUGACCGGGGCCAGAUAGUGGAGGGGAAGCCGCAUGGCCGGCCUCCAACUGGGGCCGAGCUACUCUGCCAGGGUUUAAAACUUUAAAUGAGAAUAAAGAGUAUUUACAAGGAAAUGAAAGUGAAUAAGUCAUCUCUAACUGCUUCCAGACUUUUUUUCAUAAGAGAGACCAUAUUAAACUUACAUAUUUGAAGAUUGCAUAAUCCUGCCUCCAGCACCAGUGGUUUCUCUGUUUUGUGAUCAAUGUGACUCACAAGAACUUCUUUAGUAACAAACGAAAUGAUCCAGGGGCGUGGAAAAUAUGACUUUUACAUUGGUCUGGGAUUGGCUAUGAGCUCCAGCAUUUUCAUUGGCGGGAGUUUCAUUUUGAAAAAAAAAGGUCUUCUGCGACUUGCCAGGAAAGGCUCCAUGAGAGCAGGUCAAGGUGGCCAUGCAUAUCUUAAAGAAUGGUUGUGGUGGGCUGGAUUGCUAUCAAUGGGAGCAGGUGAGGUGGCCAACUUUGCUGCAUAUGCCUUUGCACCAGCCACCCUAGUGACUCCGUUAGGAGCUCUCAGCGUACUAGUAAGUGCCAUUCUUUCUUCAUACUUCCUAAAUGAAAGACUUAAUCUUCAUGGGAAAAUUGGAUGUUUGCUAAGUAUUCUAGGAUCUACAGUUAUGGUCAUUCAUGCUCCCAAAGAAGAGGAAAUUGAGACUUUAAAUGAAAUGUCCCACAAGCUGGGAGAUCCAGGUUUUGUGGUCUUUGCAACACUUGUGGUCAUUGUGUCAUUGAUACUAAUCUUCGUGGUGGGACCUCGCCAUGGACAGACAAACAUUCUUGUGUACAUAACAAUCUGCUCUGUAAUUGGAGCAUUUUCCGUCUCCUGUGUUAAGGGCCUGGGCAUUGCUAUCAAAGAGCUCUUUGCUGGAAAGCCUGUGCUGCGACAUCCCCUGGCCUGGAUUCUGCUGCUGAGCCUUAUAGUCUGUGUGAGCACACAGAUUAAUUACCUGAACAGGGCCCUGGAUAUAUUCAAUACUUCCAUUGUGACUCCAAUAUAUUAUGUAUUCUUUACAACAUCAGUUUUAACUUGUUCAGCUAUUCUUUUUAAGGAGUGGCAAGAUAUGCCUGUUGAUGAUGUCAUUGGUACUUUGAGUGGCUUCUUUACAAUCAUUGUGGGAAUAUUCUUGUUGCAUGCCUUUAAAGAUGUCAGCUUUAGUCUAGCAAGUCUCCCUGUGUCUUUUCGAAAAGACGAAAAAGCAAUGAAUGGCAAUCUCUCUAACAUGUAUGAAGUUCUUAAUAAUAAUGAAGAAAGCUUAACCUGUGGAAUUGAACAACACAGUGGCGAAAAUAUCUCCCGAAGAAAUGGGAAUCUCACAGCUUUUUAAGAAAAAUGUAAUUAAAAGGUUAAUCUAUAAUUGUGUUAUAAAGUGAACUUUAAUAUCA